UCUGCACCAGAUGUUCCUGCGGGGACCUGCAUGAGCUAGGGCGGGGAAGCGGCGGGAGAACUCAGAGUUGGCCCUCUGCUGUACGCCAGGCGCGGAGAGAUGGAGCUGGCACCGUCGGGGCGCACAGAAACCGGGACUCAGAGCCGGCGAGACGCGAUGAGGAAGCAGAGCGCGCGCACGGCCGCGCUUGUACUGUGCAUCCUGUCCUACUUGCUGGUGGGCGCCGCGGUCUUCGUUGCGCUGGAGUCCGAGGCCGAGCGCAACCGGCAACGGCUGCUGGCCCGGAAGCGCAAUGAGUUCCGCAGAAAGUACGGUUUCUCCGCCGACGACUACCGCGAGCUGGAGCGCUUGGCGCUGCAGGCAGAGCCGCACCGAGCCGGCCGCCAGUGGCGCUUUGCAGGCUCCUUCUACUUCGCCAUCACGGUCAUCACCACCAUCGGGUAUGGCCAUGCUGCGCCAGGCACAGACUCCGGUAAGGUCUUCUGCAUGUUCUAUGCACUCCUGGGCAUCCCCCUGACGCUGGUCACCUUUCAGAGCCUGGGCGAGCGUCUAAACGCGCUGGUGAGGUUCCUGCUACUGGCUGCCAAGCGCUGCCUGGGUCUGCAGCGGCCGCACGUUUCCGCAGAGAACAUGGUGGUAGCCGGGCUGCUGCUGUGCGCUGCCACCCUGGCCCUCGGCGCCGCUGCCUUUGCGCACUUUGAGGGCUGGACCUUCUUCCAUGCCUACUACUACUGCUUCAUCACUCUCACCACCAUCGGCUUUGGCGACUUCGUGGCGCUACAGAGAGAUGAGGCGCUACAGAGGAAGCCGCCCUACGUGGCCUUCAGCUUCCUCUACAUCCUUCUGGGGCUCACGGUCAUCGGUGCCUUCCUCAACCUGGUGGUCCUGCGCUUCCUUGCCAGCGCCAACACUCCUGAGCGCUCAGGCCGCUGCGCCAGCGCAUUCCGCAGGGGGGCGCUCAAGAGACGUGACCGCACUGCGGCCUCCACCUGUAUCUCUCAGGGCAUCCACCAGCUGGAUACUUGGGCAUGCGACAACCCGGCCUUCUCACCUCCCUUGAGUCCAGAAGCCCUGUACCACUGCCACAAUAGUACAGACGGACGCCGAGCUCGGAGGAAGUCCAUCUGAAAGUCCUACCCUACCCGGGCGAAGGCUGACCAAUCAAUGUCUAGCUGUGCCUGUUAGCAAACCCACCCUUCCUCCG